CUUAAACAUCAAUGUAGUUUGAUAGAAUAAAUAUCUGUUGUCAACUCGUCUCUUCGAGUCAAAGAAUCCUAACGAAGGAAUUUCUGUUAUUGUAGAAUGAGUCAAGAAACCGCUCACAAUCAAAGUAACCAAAUGCCAAACAACGAACAAGAGAAUGUUCAUACCAAAGCAUCUAGUUUCUCACCUCCUAUUCAAAAUGAACCAGUGAACCCACAAAAUAUUCCCCAAAAUGAUCAAAAUGUCGGAGGUCAACCUGAUGCUAUGCUACCUACCUUAAUGGUAAACUUCUUGCAACAAAUGACUCAUGCCCCUAUGUUUCAACCACCUCCACCACCACUUCGUUUGAUCACUUUCAAAACCUUGAAAGAUAAUGGUGUUGAGGAGUUCUUGGGAGAUCGAAUUGCCGAACCCCAUAUCACUCUUGAAUGGAUCGAGCAGACCGCUCGUGUACUGCAAAAUUUGAACAUACCUCUUGUUGAUCAUCAAAAAUUUGCAUCUCAAUUGCUCCGCAAGAAAGCCUAUGAAUGGUGGAAACGCACUGACGAAAAUCCAAACACACCCAAACCGUGGACUUGGGAAUUCUUCGAUUGGGCAUUCAAGAAGGAAAAUAUACCAGCUCAAUUCUGUGAAGAGAAGCGUGCUGAAUUUAUCGAAUUAAAGCAAGGAGAUAUGACACUCCCUGAAUACCAACAAAGAUUUGUCCAUCUCGCUCAGUUUGCACCCACACUGGGGAGCACAGCGGUUGACCGCAUUGAGGAGUUUCGCAAAAGACUUCGACCUGAUCUCAGGCCGCACGUAUCUACUAUUCAAACUAUGGAUUUCAUUGAGGCAUACGACCUAAUCUCUAAAGCCGACAAAGAUCUAAGUGAUUACUAUGAAAGUCUGAAGACUGAGAAGCACGAGGAGUCCCUGAAGAACUUCCUCGUCAGAUGGAGAAAAGAAUCAAGGGAAGUUGAAGGAACCGACGAUAAAUCCAGGUUAGCCAUGUUCAUGGUGGCACUGCAAGAUGGUCUCCUUCUUACCGAUCUCACAACUCAUCCCCCGGAUACCUUUGAAGAAGCAAUGGUUCGGGCUGGAAGGUAUGUGACUCUGGAGGAGAGGAAGGAGGAGAAGAAAGAGAAGACUCCCAAGGAAGAAGAGAAGGUGGGCAACAAGAAGGGCAGGUGGCUCAGAAUGGGAAGCGUAGAGAAGGGCAGGUGGCCCAGGCCGAGACCCGGGAGAAACGCCACAUUGGACUUGAGGACGAAGAGGAAGAUUCAGAACCCACGCCACACCGAUAGAAGAGGCACCAUGGGUGUAAUUACAUCAUUGGUAGGAACAUUGGUGGAGAUUCGGCCACAAGUCGGAAAAAGUGGGCUAGUGCGGCGAUGGUCAAUAAGGUGGCGGCCCCUGCCCAACCGGAAGGCAACUAAACAACCUAUCAGAUACGACACCCAGGUGGGGGAGGUGACCGCACAGCUCUUAAGAGCCGAAGAAAGACGACCCAGAGUUGAAGUUGCAGGUGAUGUAGAGGAGGUGGAACUGGAGCCAGGCAUGCCGGGAAGGUUGGUUAGAAUUGGAAAGAGCCUGGGGACUGAACUCAGGUCACGAGUAAUCUCUGUUCUUAGGAGAUUCAGGAAGGUCUUUGCAUGGAGUCCAACUGAUAUGCCGGGAUUUCAGUUCCGCGUGUCCAACAAUGAAGCCAAAUAUGAGGCCCUAAUUAAUGGACUGAAGAUUCUCGGCAAGCUGGGGGUGUCCAGGGUCCAAGGAUACAGUGACUCCCGCUUGGUUGUGGGACAAAUCAGUGGGGAGUUCGAAGCGAAGGGAGAGAGGAUGAAGAGAUACCGAUACUUGUCCUUGGAAAUGUUGGGAAGAUUCGAGUAUAAGCUAGAGCACAUACCCAGAGCGCACAACGCGGAAGCUGAUGUUUUGUCCAAGCUUAGCGCUGAAUCGCCGGAAUAUGUAAGCAAGUUAGCAACUGUGGAGGAGUUGGCAACCCCGAGUCUCAACAGGGAUGAAGUGCUUUGGGUAUCAGUCGACCCCCCGGAGUGGUUAGAUAGGUUGGCUAGAUACAUUGAGGACGGGGUAGCCCCGGAAGAUCCCCAAGAAGCCUGGUUGUUGAGAAUGAGAGCACCCACCUACAAAGUGCAGGAGGGAAUCCUUUAUAAGCGGUCCUACAACGGUGUUUUACUCCGCUGUCUUAGAGCGGUCGAAGCGAGAGCACUUAUGGAAGAGAUACAUGAAGGAGUAUGUGCGGCACAUCAGGGCCCAUACUCUAUCUCCAUAAAGGCGAUAAUCCAGGGAUAUUUCUGGCCAACGAUGAGGAAGGAUUGUGAGGAGUAUGAGCGCAAGUGUCCAACUUAUCAACAGUUUUAGAAUAUACCCGGGAGGCCAGCCACAAAUUACACGCCCAUUAGUUCGGUGAUCCCAACCAGGAGGGAAAUGACAUAUGACCCGGAAGUGAACGAACAAAAUCAAGCCAUCGAGCUGAACUUCUUAGAGGAACGAAGGGAUGAAGCACGAAUCCAGGCAGAGAAUUACCGUCGCCAAUUGAAAUCUUACUUUGAUAGUAAAGUGAAACUGAGGGCAUUCCAGCUGGGGGAUUACGUCCUAAGAAAGCGAGAAAAUAGUCAACCAGCUAAGGGAGGAAAGUUGGCCAAAAAGUAUGAAGGACCUUAUAUCAUCAAGGUCGUGGUUCGCCCAGGUACCUACAAGUUGAUGACUCCAAAGGGAAAAGAAAUAGAUAGGACGUGG